AUGUCGGAAGAGGAACGUAAAGAAUAUACAAAACAAGAAUUUGAAGAGUUGUUAUUAUAUUCUAGUAGACAUGGAAAUGUUAAAAUCGUUUCCGAAUUAUUAUUAUACAGAUCUAAAAAUUCAAAUGAUUUUGAUAUCGAUUGUAAAGGUAAAACAAAAAGUAAUUUAGGAUGGACUCCAUUGCAUUUAGCAACUUAUUUUGGACAUUUAAAUGUUGUUGAAAAAUUACUCAAAGGUGGUUGUGAUGUUAAUUCUGUUAAUGAUGCUGGUGAUACAAGUUUGCACAAAGCUGCUUUCAUCGGCAGAGAGGAUAUUGUAUUGCUCCUCUUGCAAUUCAAUGCAUCAGUUUCUAUAUCUAAUGGAGAAGGAAGGAAACCGUAUGAUGUUGCAAAACCGGAAUCUGACAUUCAUAAAAUAUUAACAGCUGCUUUGGCAGCUGAUAUUAGAAGAAAAGAAGAAAGAUUACUGACUGCAUCGAGAGAAAAUGAUUUAGCCACAAUAAAUUUAUUGUUGAGAGAUCCAGAACCUCCGACGAUAAAUUGUGUUGACAAUUUGGGUAAUUCAAGCUUACAUUGUGCAUCUUAUAGAGGACAUAAAGAAGCAGCUGUUUUACUAUUACAAAAUGGAAUCGAUACAACAUUACAAAAUAAUAGAGGUAAAUUGGCCGUGGAUUUAGCUAGAGAUGUACAAAUGCAACAAGUAUUAAAUGUAAAACCAGUUAAAGUCAUACAAAAAAGUGCUGAUAGAUUUGAAGGACAAUUACUCAAACGUUCUAGGUUUCUCGGUUGGAAACCUGUUUGGGCCGUUUUGGAAAGAGGAGUUUUAACAUAUUUUAACAGUAGGGGUGACGGAUCAACCGGAAUCAAACGAAAGGAUUUUAAAUAUUUGGAUGGUGCAAAAGUAACUCCCCUAGAACACGACACUUGUACUUUUAUUAUACAUUUUUCUGACACGGCCGUUCACAGACUGAGCGUGGUCGAAUGCAUGGAUAGUAUUUCAUCUGGUCCCGUAGAACGACAGAAAUGGAUCAAUGCUCUUAACGAACAUAUUUCAUAUAACAAUCAUUAUAUGUGUCACGGUCAAGUAUUUUACGAUUCCGAUGAAGAUCAAAAUGCAGUUGCUAACAUCAAACCAUUGGGCUCUAUGAAAGAUAGCUUACAAGAUGCUUUAGCUCACAAACAACUUUUGGGAAAGCAAAUAAAAGAAGCUGAAAUGUUGGUUCAAGCCAUGGGUAGUAGUAAUUUUGUACAUAGUGAAGGAGUUCUUAGAACAGUAUCGAAGCGUUUUCAAGAGCUUUACGAAACAUCAUCGGAAAUGGUAUCUUCUUUAAAUCAUUGCGUAACACUUUUUGCCCAACAGGAAGAACUUAGAAUUCUUCAAGUGAAACAAGAACAAGAAAAAUGUAGAGUUUUAGAAGAAGCAUUAAACGUAUUAGCCAAAGAACAUCACGAAUUGGAACAAAGUUUAGUUUCUCAAGUUGCUUCCGAUUACAGGCAUAAAACAAAAAGUCCCAGAUUUUACGAUACGUCCGACGAUGAAUUUUACGACGCUUUCGAAGCCGAUAGUUGUAGUGAUACAUUAGUUACUGCCGGGAGUCCAUGUGACGACACGGUUUCUAUUUUUUCUGCCUUUUCUAGAAGUUCGUCAUCUUCUACUUUGGUAUCGUACGGUGAAAAUUCUUUUAUGUCUGCAAAAGAUGCUCCUCCUAUGGUACAAAAAAAAUGUUGGACACAUCCCAACAGGUAA